GAAAAACUAGAAUAAUUCUUUAUGUUGGGGAUAGAGUACUAACAUCAGAGGGGAGGAGAGUUGAGCAAGGGACAAAAAUGGCGACCGACUCUGCAAGAAGGCUAUUUCAGAGGUCAACAUCGUCCGCUAAAGCCUUCCUGUGUCGCAAAAGUCGAACCCAAUUGCCAUCUAACCUCGGUGGACUCGCACCCUUCUCAAAUUCUGCUCCUCCCUCACGCGUCUCUCGCCGCCACCGUUCCUUCUUCUCCACCAGUAGGUUGCCAGUGGAGUUGGGUUGUGGAGAGUCAUUGAUGCCGCCUCACUCUGCUACUGCUUCGUCCUUGCUCAAUUAUGUGUUGUCUUCAAAGGUUGGCCAAUGGGGUUGUCUCUGUGAAGGCAUGUAGACCAGUGAAGACUACAACUUUAAUGCUAAGACAUGAUUUUUGAAUAUAUGUUAGUUUGUGGUUAAUAUUAAGACAUGAUUUUUUGAUAUAUGUUAGUUUGUGGUUAAUGUUAAAACAUGAUUUUUGGAUUUUGGAUAUGUUAAUUUUAUGGGUAAUGGUGAUUG